UUUAACCAUUAAUCAUUACAGGCAAUACUAUAGCUACAAUGUCAAUUGCUUCUGUGUUAAUUGUUUCUGUAUCCUGAUUGUCUAUGGCGUCAGAUGAGUGCGAAAUCGAGAUGGAGCACGCCAGCAAGAAUAUAUGUCACAGAGCGAGCAGAUUUGUAUCAAGAACCAGACGCGCUUAAACUACUUUGAGCGUGCAUAAGCAGGGUUGGGCUGGAAAUUAAACUUGAGAGCUCGAAACAUUGAUAUUGAACAAGUUGAAAAUCAUUGUCGAAUGCAAUUAAUUAGUCCGAGAUUUUUUUCUCCCUGAAGAAUUAUUCAUCAAAUGGGAAAACUCAGAGGUUUCUGCACUCUCACGAAUACACCCGGCCUGUGCAUGAAAGUCUCUUCUCUCACACACACAAUUUCCAUUUUGCUCUCAUUGUACAUCUCACGGAGUGAAUGUUUUACAGUUCUACAUCGUGGGGCUCUGCUCCUAGUGGUUACCCAAGGUGCCAGGGUUCCGGUCUAGAAGUUCGGAUAUUGAUUGAACGAUCCGUACACGGAUCGAAGAGCUUACUCUUUCACAUUCAGAAAACCUUAAGGUGAUAUUGUAUUUAAUAAUGUAUUCCGUUUCCUUAGGGAGAAUGGUUUAAUUGGGUAGGGAUGUGAACGAGGCUUUAGACCUUCCCAGUCUCUGGUCCACACUCCAGUUCAAUUGGUUGCGGUAAUGCAUCACUAAAGUUGGUUGCCAACCGCCAUUUAAAAACCACUGAAGAAGUGUAAACGGAAGUGAACAGUAACCAAGAACAAUAUCCACGGUGAAGGACAUCUCACUGGAGGCUACAGGAGCUCUGUGAAGCCAGCGGAACACAAUACAUUGAGAGAUGACCAACCAAUCACUGUUGAUGAGGGGAGUGGAACCUCAACCCAGCAUGUUAUUGUGAUAGAGUCUGCAGAUGAAAAUGCAAUAGGUCCUGGGGUCAAGCUGGAGAGGAUUGAACGAGAGAAGGACCCACGGCACCAGACUAAAGCAGCGGCUGGAGUGUCGCCCUCUGUAGCCAGUGAGGAACUCGCCGCUGUGCCAAAGGCCAGGACCCGACGCAGGAUCACGGAGGUCAGUGGAACGCUGAACGCCGUCCUCAAGUCAGAGACAGACACCGAGACUUUAAAUGUAACACAAAGGCAUUUACACGCAGGAUCUGACCACAGAUCAGACGCAGAGAGACUGGGCUGUCCUCCUGUUCCCGGCUCAGAAUACUUUCUGGCAUCAUUUCACCAGAGCCAGGGGACAGUUAAUUCCCGUGGAGAUGGUGAUGGUGACGCAUUAGACACUGGCGGGUGAUCCAUCUUGUUCUUACGCUACAGCGAUGGACCCUGGCAACAUAUCCUUGGGUUUAGAGACACAGACUGAUCUCUCUAGAGGGGACUGGAACCGGUACAGUAGUAGUGUAUACUCUGAAGGGUGCCUAGAUAAGAAAGGGGAGGUUAGAGUCGUAGAUGAGGUGACUGUGAAAGUGGAGGGUGACGCUCCUCCCACAUGGAAUGCAGAUAGUCACUUAGAAGAUGGACACUCACAGAACAGAGAUUUCUUUGAUUACAGGGGAAGCUUAGAGACAAAUCGAAAUGUCGUUACCCACUCUCCUUUACACUCGUUCAGGGAUCACGAUGCGGUAUUCACGUCGAAGGCACUUUUUGAUUCACAUGGCAGCGUUCUUUUCGAUCAGACAUUGAACUCAAAUGACAGGGCUAUAGCCCAGGCUCAGGGAGGGGGGGCCACAUCUGGCAAUAGUAAAGAGAAACGGUUCCUCUGCAUGUUCUGUAACAAAGGUUUCAGCUGCCCCCAGAAGGUGGAGAUUCAUCAGAGGGUCCACACAGGAGAGAAACCCUUCAGCUGUACCCAGUGUCACAUGUGCUUUGCCGAGGCUGGCAACCUGAAGAGACACCAGAGGGUCCACACAGGGGUGAAACCCUUCAGCUGUACCCAGUGUCAAAUGCGCUUUGCUCAGGCUGGUGACCUGAAGAGGCACCAGAGGGUCCACACAGGGGAGAAACCAUUCAGUUGUCCCCACUGUGAGAAGAGGUUUUCCCGCCAGCACCAGCUGAAGAUGCACCUGAAGGUUCACACGGAAGAGAGGCCAUUCGCCUGUACGCACUGCAGGAAGAGGUUCUCAGAGAGGAGCUACCUCAGGAUACACCAGCAGAAAAACCAUUCCACUCAAUAGCAUAGAAAGUAACCAUUCCACUCGAUAGCUUCUGACGUUUAGAUCAAACUCUUCAUUAAAGACAGAUUAAUUUUCAUUGUUGUCAGCAUAAAGAUAACGAGAGUAAUAGAUUUCAGUGUAGAAUAUUGUGUCCAGACAUUGUGUGUUUAUAUAUGGCAUAUUUCAGCCUAAAAAGUCUGUUAGAUGUUGUGUUUGUACUGUGUAGCCUAUAUAAUGUUCACAAAUGCCUGUUUCAGUACUUUUAUUCAACUACUUAAUGUUUUUCCUAAGACACUUGUAAUGAGAAAAUGAAUGCAGUUCAUCUAGUUCAUGCAGAUUUUUGUUGUGUGUAUGUGUGGUUUUCAUAUGGUGUAUUUAAAACUUGUUUAUGUUUAAUAAACAGAAAAUGGGACUUUUUA